UUAAAGUCACACUUUACUAUUCAGAACCCAAACAAUGGCCACAAGCUGAACAUUUUCAAAUAAAAAAUCCCGAUCAAGUGGUUAGAAUAGACAUUCGGAAAAGACAACAAAAUGAAACGACAGAUAGCCAUUCCGCGUCAAAUGUCCCUUAUCACACCAGAGAUUGUAAACCCGUUUGUGCAUAAAAUUCAUCUUAGUUUUAUGCAAAAAAUACAGGUUGUCUUCAUGUCUGUGUUUGUUGUACCAAUAAGACUUUUAAUGAUCUUCACUUGUCUCAUACUUGCAUGGAUGUUAGCCAAAGCAUCAUUAGCAUUCAGAUCUAAGGAGGAUCAGGAUAAACCAAUCAAAGGAUGGCGAAAGACGUUAUUCCACAAAACUAUCAUGAACCUAGGAAGGGCCAUAUGCUUUUUCUAUGGAUUCCAAAAUGUAAAAGUUAAAGGGGAACCAGUAGGAUCUGAUGUAGCACCGAUGCUGGUCUGUGCGCCACAUUCCACGUUUAUGGAUGCUUUUGUUAUAUUUUACUGCUCCACACUUCCUAGCAGUCUCUCUAGGAAAGAAAAUUCAGCUCUACCAAUUUUGGGAUCUCUUAUAGAAUAUACUCAGCCAUUAUAUGUGCAACGAGAAGAUCCUAAUUCUAGAAAAAAUAUCAUGAAAGAAAUGACUAGAAGAGCCAAGACUAUGGGAGAAUGGCCUCAAAUCAUUAUUUUUCCUGAGGGAACAUGUACUAAUAGGUCAUGUUUAAUAGGAUUCAAACAAGGCGCUUUUUAUCCUGGAGUGCCUGUUCAACCAGUUUGUAUAAGAUACAAAAAUAGUUUGGAUACAUAUACAUGGACCUGGGAAGGACCAGGAGCAUUUACAUGUUUAUGGCUGUCUCUAUGUCAGUUUCAUAAUAAAUUGGAAUUAGAGUUUUUACCAGUAUAUAAUCCAAAUGAAGAAGAAAAACAAGAUCCCACAUUGUAUGCAUCUAAUGUACGAAAGAAAAUGGCAGAAAAUCUGGGAAUACCCUUUACAGAUCAUACCUAUGAUGAUGUUAGACUUAUGCAGAAAGCAGCCAUGCUAAAUUUACCACAUACAGCAGGGCUUAUAGAAUUCCAAAAACUUCAUUCCAAACUUGGAAUUAGUUUUGACCAAAUGAAUGAACUCCUAGACCAGUUUGGUGCUAUUUCACAAAAAGAUAAAGGCAGUAUUACUUUGGGAGAAUUUGCUGCAUAUCUAGGUGUACCUGUGUCUCCGGCUUUAGAGGAGAUGUUUUCUUUAUAUGAUAGGAAUGGUUCAGAAACUAUAGAUUUCCGGGAGUAUAUUAUUGGUCUUUCAUUGAUAUCACAACCAGUCAACAAUGAUGACACUUUAAAGUUAGCUUUUCAGUUAUUUGACAAUGGAGAUAAAGGUUACAUUACACAAGCAGAGCUGACAGAAAUAUUAUCCAAUGCAUUUGGGAUGGAUGAUUUGGAUGUUGAAAAAUUGUUUCAAGACAUUAAUAUUAACAAAGAUGAUAAGAUUACAUUUGAUGAAUUCAAAAAGUAUGCUGUAACCAAACCAGAAUAUGCUAAAUUAUUUAUGACUUAUCAAGAACUAAAGAAGGUGUUAAGUACAAAUGGUAAUGGAAUUAGUAAACUUGAGUAAUCUCCCUUUGAGUAGAAAGUAAACUAGAGUGACUUCCCUUUAUCAAGGUUGCAGUGACUGGCUCAGUGGCUUAAUAAGAGGUCUACAAAACUACAAUACAAUUUUGCCAUAUAGAUGAUAUUUAGAAGGCACAUACCAUGUGUUCAUUGUUCAAAUAUUUCAGCUUAAUAUUGAUAUUUCUCCAUUCCAGAUUUUAGAUAUGCUAUUGAUAUUUAUAGUAGGGUAUAUAAUGCUUUAUCUUCAUUAUUUUUCUGCAUUUAAUGAACUUGUCUUCAUAGAAUUACAAAAUUUUACAGAUUUAUAAUUUGUUCAAUUAUGUAUUUAUGGCACAUUCUAAGACCACUAACAAGAAAUUUUUUCAUGAACUAAGAACUUUUAAACUGAUUAAAAAUAACUCUCUAUGAAAAUACUCUCAUAACUGAAUCAUAAAUUAAAUAUUAGAUGUUGUUAGGUCAGAACCUGCUUUCUGUAUAAAAAAAAAAUGAAAGCUGGCUAUUUUAAUACUAAGUUGUUUUUUUAUUUAUUUAUUUUUAAUGUUUAAAACAUCAACACCACAUAAUGUAAAUAUAUUGAUUGUGUUAUUGAUUGCAGUGUACUUAUUAUUUUUAUAAGGCUAUCAACAUCAACAUUGUGUUAUUUAUCAUUACAGAAAGCUCAAAUAGUCAUUUGAGCUAGUUGAACACAGAUAUGGUAAUAAUUGCACUGCUUUUUGUCUUUCAGUUAAUACUUUACACAUGUUUUAUGUUUUUAUUUUAAAUGUUUUUGAUAUUGUUCUGUUUCAAUUUAUUUUAUUGCACCAAAACAUGCUGAUUAAUUAACAUGAACUUUGAAGAUUUUAUCAGAAAAUCUAGUAUCAAAGCGAAAUAAACAUAUUCAAACAUGCGUAUAUUUUGGCAGGGUGUUAUUUUUAGGGAUUUCAAUGUCUAAACAAUAUUACUGUUUUUGAGGGCAUUUUAUGUGAUCUCAAAAUAAGGAAAAAUACCAAGCAAGAAAAAUUGAACGUCAACAAUAACUAUGUUAAUAAUGUGGAAAAGCUUACUUAAAAGAUGCUAAUGAAGGGCAAAAUUUUAAAAUAUGUGCUUCCUACCUAAAUAGUGCCGAGCAUAAACUAUACAGGGCUAAUUUCUGUAAGGCAUUAUUAAAUUCAAUAUAUCAGCCUGAAUAGUUCAUUGUACAAGGUUAUAACAUAUCAAGAAAAACCAAAAUACAAACAUUUAUUAUCCUGCAACAGGAACCAGUGGGUAUUUUUUGCCCAAUAAAAAGAUACAUUAAUUAUAUUUUGUAUUGGUACAUAAUGUUUUAGAUUUAAUAUAAUAUGAAAAUUUAUUCUUUUAAAAUUGUUUUCUUUCACUGUAACAUCCUAGCCUUGUUAGACAUUUGUAUUUUGUUAGUUCCUUUUGACAGUUUUGUAUUAUUUGUUAUUGAUUUGGAAUUGUACUGUGAAUUGAAUUUUAUUGGUGGAUUUAAAUUUUCAUUUUUGGUUAAACAAAUAUAAAUUUAUAAGAUUCAGGGUUUGUAUAUAGCUUUAAUUUUUAUAAUAAAUUAUAAUUGAAUAGUUUUUGACUGCACAUAUACACAUAUCAAUGGAAAGUAUUUUAAAAUUUUUAAAAAUUAAAGUUUUGAUUACCAUAAAACCUCAAUGAUUUAUGUAACACAAAUAAAACAAUAUUCACAGUAUAAUUUUUCAUUGAUAUGAAUUGCAUUUUUGGAGUUGUACAAAUAUUAGUUUGACUGAUAUUUCUUGAAAGCAAGAAUACAUUAACUUGUUAAAUCGGUAAAGCCCACACUUUUAUAAUCAAUACAUUUCCUAUACAUGUGUAAUAACAAGCAUGCAAUGGAUACAUACAUUUGAGAGAGAAAAAAUGAAAAAAAAACAUUGUAUGACCUUGACUUUUGACUUUGUUAAAUCUCAUCAGUACCAGUAUUAACCAUGUGCCUAUUCAUAUAUGAUCUCAUUAACUAUUCCUAAACACCCUCAUCCAUUUGUGUCAUGUUCUCAGAAAGUAAAGUAGGAGAAUGACAAAAAAAAUCCAAUUCACAAAAUAAUGUUCUGGAAUACAAAACAUAGCAUCUGUUAGCAGUUUUCAUUUACCGAAUGCUUCCUGUCAAGUAGUAGUUUAAAAUCCUUUAUUUUUAUUAUGAAAUAUUUUAUUUAAUGUAUUUCAUAGCUUCCUAUAUUUAAGUCUCCCAAACAAAGUUUGGAGACUUAUUGUUUUUGCUCAGUUCUUCUUAUUUUUAUUCUUCUUCUUCUUUCCUCCUUAUUCUUCUGCCACUAAAAAAUGAACUUGUCCGCAGUGUUUCUCCAAAACCUGUCAGAUUUACUGAGGGUUUCAUAGAAUGUUAGACUAAUUUGUCUAGGUGAGCCAUUAAUCUUUCGUUUGUGCAUUGGGGUCUAUUAAGGGGUAUUUUGAGGGCAGAAAGAAGAAAGGGGGUUUACUAUAGAACCCUAUGGGAUUUUAUUUUCUAAAAUUUUCAAAUAAAUAUAACUUGAAAACUGUGAUAGACACACACAGUCUUCAUAAAUGAUGAUAGGACAAAAAAACAAAUCACAUGAAAUAUAGGGUGAGUCCUUGGGGGUCCCUUCAAUUUGAGAAUUUGCGAUUAUCUUGUAAACGGUCCUGAUCCCUACCCCUAAAACAUAUAUAUACUUGAAUGGGACGAUAAACCCAAUCAAAUGAAAUUAAAGGGAAGUCUCUAGGGGUCACCCCCACUCCGUUAAAUUUGAGAAUGUGCUAUUAUCUCGUAAACGGUCCAGAUCCCCACCCCUAAACUAUAUAUAUAUACUUGUAGGGGACAAUAAAACAAAUGAAAUGAAAUAAAAGGGAAGUCUGUAGGUCACCCCACCCCCUUUUGUUUGAAAUUUGAAACAGUCAAGAUCCACACUCCUAAACCAUAUAUAUUCCUGAAUGGGAAGAUACAACAAAUCAAAUAGAAUUAAAGGGAAGUCCUUGGGGGACACCCCAACCUGUUCAAUUUGAGAAUGUGCUAUUAUCUUGUAAAUGGUCCAGGGGGACAUUAAAACAAAUGAAAUAGAAUAAAAGGGAAGUCCCUAGGGGGUCAUCCCACCCCCUUUAGUUUGAAACUUGAAACGGUCAAGAUCCCCACUCCUAAAUCAUACAUAUUCUUGUAUGGGACAAAAAAUCAAAUCAAAUGAAUAUGGGACCAUAGGAAUGGUGAGUUAUGGGAGCAUCCUGCUACAAUUACUUCUUGUUUUCCAUUGUAUUUGUACAAAUAUCAAAUGAUUUUAAGUUGAGCAAUAAUUCACAAUCAGACUGAAUAUUUAUUUAAGUGUAUUUCACAAAAUAUGUUUUUUUUUAAUAAUUUUAACAUGUUUAGAAUGUAUUCACUUAUUAUGAUUAUUAUAACACAUAUGAUUAAUUAUUAUUAUUAUUAUGUUCAGUUCUCAUAAUAGGGUCAUAGAAGACAAUAUAUAUUUUAUGAAAGAAUUGUUUGCUACAAAUAUCAUAUUUUUGGUAAAUUAGAAGGUUGCUAUAUUGUUAUCUUUACAUCCAUUAAUUGUGGAUUUUAUGUUGGUAAAUGAAGUCAGAUUGUCAGUCAUACCUUUUGAGGAAUGAUUAGGGUGUAUGUAGAUAAAUAUUUCUUUUACCUUUACUUGCCAUAAAUAAAUCUACAGACAACAGUAAAUGCAUAAGGGCUAUUCCAGAAAAAAAUGUAGGGGGGGGGGGGGGUAAAGGCAGUUUUUGUCAGCACCCACCACCCAGACAAUUGUAAUUGAGAAUUAUAGUGCAUUAUAGCGUGAAAAGUUGCUCUGAUACCCAUUACCCAUGUAUUAUUAAUAAAAUGUGCCUUCCAACCCCCCUACAUUUUUUUCUGGAAUAGCCCUAAGGUAUAGUACAGUGUUGCUUAUUGCUUGUCAAGUGUAGGAAACAGAAUGCCAUCAGAGUUGUUGUUUAUCCUUUGUUUUCUUGUAUGAAAAUCAAAUUAUCAUUUUUUAUGAUACCAAUGCUAACCCAAUAUCAUCACUCUUUUGUAUACUGUGGUUUCAUUAUUAUUUGUUGAAUACCAAAUUUCCUGGUUUUUGAUGGGUACAGGUGAACCAUAAAUUUGAUAAUUUACUGAAUUUCGUGGUUUUUGAUGGGUACAGGUGAACCAUAAAUUUGAUAAUUUACUGAAUUUCGUGGUUUUUGAUGGGUACAGGUGAACCAUAAAUUCAAAAAUUUGCACAUUUUCUAUAGGAUUUGUAUGCAGAGAUUUGUAAAGCCACACAAUCAAAUACCCUGGAAAUUGCAAGUUUUCUUCAAUCCACAAAAAUUGAUACCCACCAAAAUAUAAGAAUCCACAGUAGUUGAAAAAGAGUUUUCAAAUUGUGAUAACCAUAUAAGUUCUAUAAUCUCUUUUGAAUCUCAGCUAUCAUCAUUUUUUAUAUAUAGCUGAUAGCAUGAUUUAUGUACCAGGAUGAAAGCUUCUUGGUUUAAUAUAACUGUUUUAAUUAAAAACUAAUAUUUAUUUUAUUUAUCAUUUACAUUAUACCUAUUAGCACAAAGAGAACAAAUGAUGGAAAAGGAAUAAUUUCAAUUUCAAAUUGCCAGAAAAGAUAUGUCAAAAUAUGCAUUAAAACAAAAUGAUUAA